UUGGGUGUCGGCGGCCGCCGUAGAAACGGCUCCCCGAUCUCCAUGGCAACGGCGCGAAGCCGCCGGAGGUUUCUGGGCGGUGCUGCGGCCGCGGUCCGUCGGCCCCGGCGAGGCGCGGGAUUCGGGAACUGCCCGCCGCCCCGAGCGCGCAGCUCCCGGACCGGCCGGAGCUGUUGCUGCCCCAUGGAUGCUGCUUCUAGCUCGUGGAACCCACCCCCGGCUCCCGUGAGCAGUCCCUCCCUGCUGCUCCCCGUCCCUGCCAUCGUCUUCAUCGCUGUGGGCGUCUAUUUGCUGCUGUUGGGCCUAGUGCUGCUGACCAGGCACUGCCUGCUGGCCCAGGACUGCUGCCCGGCCUGCAGCUCCCCCUGCAGUCAGCAAAGUGCCUCCAGGCCCCCAGACUGCUGCUGGACCUGCCUUGAAGCCUGCGACUUCCCUCUGCCCAGCCCAACCCACUUCCUGGAUGCCUGCUGUCCCCAACCCACGGAAGCUGGCUGGGUCCCGCGCUGCCCUCGCUGCUGCCCGCUGUGUGACUGCGCCUGUGCCUGCCAGCUCCCCGACUGCCAGAGCCUCAACUGCCUCUGCUUCGAGAUCAAGCUCCGAUGAGGACCCAGAGGCCCUGCCCUCUGGGGAGCGACCAGCCCCCCGGGCCCACACGCCCUCAUCCCUGACAGGCCUCAGGACACUGCUCUCCAGGCCACCGGAACCACACAUGGCAUGCCCAGCUCGCUGGCCCAGGCAGCUAGUGCCAAGAGCCUGGCUCCUGGCAGGCAGGACUCAGAGCCCAGGGCCAGCUGGAUGGCAGCCCAUUUGAGGGCCAGUGUGCGGUGGGCCCUGCCUGCCUGUCCCCUCCCCAAGUGAACUUAUGUCUGAAGUUAGAGUGUUGCUGGCCACUGACAGCAUUAGGGGAGGCACCUGGUCCGGAGUACUAGAAUAUUGGGGUGCCCCUACCAUGCCCCUCUGUGGACUUUUGGUUAUUUUGAGAUCCAAGUCCAGAGAUUCUCUUCUCUGGACUAUCUUUGGAGGGCCUCAGUGUGGAUUUCCAAGGAAGGAAUUGCCUCUGAAGCAGCG